AUGCUCGCAAUCAGGAGUAUCAGCAGAGCAAUCAGUUCCAGCAGAAUCAAAACGAGCAAUUUCAUUAUAAGCAGAACGAAAACAAUGAGCAGUUCCACACAGAGCAUCACGAACACAACGAGAUUCCAGAAUGAACAUCACGAAGGUGUAACUCAUGAUGGAGGUAACGAACAUGGUGUUCUGGGCGUAUUGGGAACUAUUGGCAAUGAAAUCCAUGACGUGAAAAGUAUCCAUGAGAACUUGGAUGAUGCUAUCCUGGGCGGUCCAGUCGGUAAAAGCCACAACCAAUUGAGCGAAUUCUAUUACAAAUAUACAGGUUUUAGAGAAAGACAACAGUUUAUGUCGUAUUUGUUGAAGGAAACUGAGCUUAAAUCUCCAAAGGAGAUUUUCAAAUUCCUGAAAGCAUGCAAGGGCAAUCGUGGAUGGUACUUCUACGAUCAAAUAAUGUUUAAAUUGACUGGAAAUACCAACAUUAAGGGCUGCCUGCGACUGUUACAACUGCUCACUGGAAAGAAAAAUCCACUUGACGCCUUCGAAGCGAUGAAACCUCUGACCGGCCAUGACGAUAUUGAAGGUGUCUGGGAGAUGUUGCAGAAAAUGUCCAGUCGAAAGAACAUGUCAGACGUAUUCGAUUGCUACGAACACGAGGCUGAACAUAUGGAGGGAAUAACUGAUGCGACUGCUCUGGAUGGGGUUGAGAAUUAUGUCAACAAGAUGACAGCAGGAGAGGGACCGGACGCUUUGUCUGGAGUCUUUCUCGCCAUGAAGACCGAUCUAGAUUGGGAUUUGUCAUACAACGUUCUAAUGGGCGCUAUGAGAUGCAACGAUAUGGGCGAGGCACCGGCCGAAUUAAAACAAUUAUUGAACGAAGAUGAAUUCUCCAAGUGUAUAUGGUUAUUAAAGGAGUUCACUGGACUUACGAAUUUCAGAUACGCUAUUGAACAGAUACUACAGGAUACGGGGAGAGUCAGCUUGAAAGAAGUCGUGCGACUUCUAUACAAAAUCACUGGAGAAAAUCGACUUGAUAAAAUUCUAGUUCUCGUACGACGCUUGUUUAAGGUUAAAAACAUAACGGAUCUAUUCCAACGCAUCAACAACCUGACAAGGAAGCGGGAUCCUCUCCAAUUCCUCAUCAGCAUCAUGGACCUCACAAAGCAGAACACGAUCGAAGGCGCUUGCAAUGAGAUCACGGGUCUCACUACUGGCACAACUGACGCCAUAGCGGUCCUAGAACGAAUACAGCGCGACUCGGCCCACGAAGAUGUCGUCGACUUUUUGAGACAACUUAUGAUAAAAGUUACUGGAGCGAAGAAUUUGACACAAGGCUGGAAAGUUAUUAUAUCCGUAACGAAGGAAACAGAUAUCUUCGUGCUCAUCAGGCGUUUCAAGUUAUACACACACACGAACAUAAUAAUCGUUGUAUUAACGAUUUUGCGUAUUACCAACACAUCUACAUUGCCAGUCGCAAAUAUUAAAAUGAAUAAGUUACUGGGCAUUGAAGGUUUCUUUGAAUGGUUCGAGGUUAUUCACAAAACAUCUAAUAUGGAUGUAAUUAAAUUCUUCGAUUUGUUCACUACAUUGAGUAAACGAUUGCUUUUGGACAACGCAAUAACGAAGUUAUUAGCUUUUACGAAAGAAACAACUUUCAUUGACGCCCUUAAGGUCCUAACUAUAGCCACUGGACACAAAGAUUUAACGGGUCAAAUUAUAUACAUAAAAGACAACAAACCAGCACUUAAUACGACAACAACAACGACGACAACGACAACAACAACAGAAGCGCCAAAAACAGAGAUAUUAGGUCAAGCAACUAUUACCUCCGAAACAACAAAAACCGAAACGGAAAAUGGUGCAACUAUAACUAUUGUAACAACAACAAAAGAAACUCCUGUUGUUAUACACACAACUCAACAAAUAACAAAUGAAAAUGCACCAGAAACUGUCAUAACUCAAGGUCCGCCAGGAUCCAACCCAGAGGGCAGUAAUCCCAAUGGACCAGAAGUGACCCCGCAAGAAACCUACCCGGCAGGUACCAAUCCCAAUGGCCCAGAAGUGACCCCGCAAGAAACCAACCCGGCUGGUACUAAUCCCAAUGGAUCAGAAGUUACCCCGCAAGAAACCAACCCGGCGGGUACUAAGCCCAAUGGCCCAGAAGUGACCCCGCAAGAAACCAACCCGGCGGGUACCAAUCCCAAUGGCCCAGAAGUGACCCCGCAAGAAACCAACCCGGCGGGUACUAAUCCCAAUGGAUCAGAAGUUACCCCGCAAGAAACCAACCCGGCUGGUACUAAUCCCAAAGGAUCAGAAGCUACCCCGCAAGAAACCAACCCGGCGGGUACUAAGCCCAAUGGCCCAGAAGUGACCCCGCAAGAAACCAACCCAGCUGGUACUAAUCCCAAAGGAUCAGAAGCUACCCCGCAAGAAACCAACCCGGCGGGUACUAAGCCCAAUGGCCCAGAAGCUAGCCCGCAAGAAACCAACCCGGCGGGUACCAAUCCCAAUGGCCCAGAAGUGACCCCGCAAGAAACCAACCCAGCGGGUACCAAUCCCAAUGGAUCAGAAGUUACCCCGCAAGAAACCAACCCGGCGGGUACUAAGCCCAAUGGCCCAGAAGUGACCCCGCAAGAAACCAACCCAGAGGGUACUAAGCCCAAUGGAUCAGAAGUGACCCCGCAAGAAACCAACCUAGAGGGUACUAAGCCCAAUGGAUCAGAAGUUACCCCGCAAGAAACCAACCCAGAGGGUACUAAGCCCAAUGGAUCAGAAGUGACCCCGCAAGAAACCAACCCGGCGGGUACUAAGCCCAAUGGAUCAGAAGUGACCCCGCAAGAAACCAACCCAGCGGGUACUAAGCCCAAUGGAUCAGAAGUUACCCCGCAAGAAACCAACCCGGCGGGUACUAAGCCCAAUGGCCCAGAUGUGACCCCGCAAGAAACCAACCCAGAGGGUACUAAGCCCAAUGGAUCAGAAGUUACCCCGCAAGAAACCAACCCGGCGGGUACUAAGCCCAAUGGCCCAGAAGUGACCCCGCAAGAAACCAACCCAGCUGGUACUAAUCCCAAAGGAUCAGAAGCUACCCCGCAAGAAACCAACCCGGCGGGUACUAAGCCCAAUGGCCCAGAAGUGACCCCGCAAGAAACCAACCCAGCUGGUACUAAUCCCAAAGGAUCAGAAGCUACCCCGCAAGAAACCAACCCGGCGGGUACUAAGCCCAAUGGCCCAGAAGUGACCCCGCAAGAAACCAACCCGGCGGGUACUAAGCCCAAUGGCCCAGAAGUGACCCCGCAAGAAACCAACCCAGCUGGUACUAAUCCCAAAGGAUCAGAAGCUACCCCGCAAGAAACCAACCCGGCGGGUACUAAGCCCAAUGGCCCAGAAGCUAGCCCGCAAGAAACCAACCCGGCGGGUACCAAUCCCAAUGGCCCAGAAGUGACCCCGCAAGAAAUCAACCCGGCGGAAGUUACCCCGCAAGAAACCAACCCGGCGGGUACUAAGCCCAAUGGCCCAGAAGUGACCCCGCAAGAAACCAACCCAGCUGGUACUAAUCCCAAAGGAUCAGAAGCUACCCCGCAAGAAACCAACCCUUCGGGUACUAAGCCCAAUGGCCCAGAAGUGACCCCGCAAGAAACCAACCCAGCUGGUACUAAUCCCAAAGGAUCAGAAGCUACCCCGCAAGAAACCAACCCGGCGGGUACUAAGCCCAAUGGCCCAGAAGUGACCCCGCAAGAAACCAACCCGACGGGUACUAAGCCCAAUGGCCCAGAAGUGACCCCGCAAGAAACCAACCCAGCUGGUACUAAUCCCAAAGGAUCAGAAGCUACCCCGCAAGAAACCAACCCGGCGGGUACUAAGCCCAAUGGCCCAGAAGUUACGCCGCAAGAAACCAACCCGGCGGGUACUAAGCCUAAUGGAUCAGAAGUGACCCCGCAGGAAACCAACCCAGCUGGUACUAAUCCCAAAGGAUCAGAAGCUACCCCGCAAGAAACCAACCCGGCGGGUACUAAGCCCAAUGGCCCAGAAGUUACCCCGCAAGAAACCAACCCGGCGGGUACUAAGCCCAAUGGAUCAGAAGUGACCCCGCAAGAAACCAACCCAGCUGGUACUAAGCCCAAUGGCCCAGAAGUGACCCCGCAAGAAACCAACCCGGCGGGUACUAAGCCCAAUGGCCCAGAAGUGACCCCGCAAGAAACCAACCCAGCUGGUACUAAUCCCAAAGGAUCAGAAGCUACCCCGCAAGAAACCAACCCGGCGGGUACUAAGCCCAAUGGCCCAGAUGUGACCCCGCAAGAAACCAACCCAGAGGGUACUAAGCCCAAUGGAUCAGAAGUUACCCCGCAAGAAACCAACCCGGCGGGUACUAAGUCCAAUGGCCCAGAAGUGACCCCGCAAGAAACCAACCCGGCGGGUACUAAGCCCAAUGGAUCAGAAGUGACCCCGCAAGAAACCAACCCAGAGGGUACUAAGCCCAAUGGAUCAGAAGUUACCCCGCAAGAAACCAACCCAGCUGGUACUAAGCCCAAUGGCCCAGAAGUGACCCCGCAAGAAACAAACCCAGAGGGUACUAAGCCCAAUGGAUCAGAAGUUACCCCGCAAGAAACCAACCCGGCGGGUACUAAGCCCAAUGGCCCAGAAGUUACGCCGCAAGAAACCAACCCGGCGGGUACUAAGCCCAAUGGAUCAGAAGUGACCCCGCAAGAAACCAACCCAGCUGGUACUAAUCCCAAAGGAUCAGAAGCUACCCCGCAAGAAACCAACCCGGCGGGUACUAAGCCCAAUGGCCCAGAAGUUACGCCGCAAGAAACCAACCCGGCGGGUACUAAUCCCAAUGGAUCAGAAGUGACCCCGCAAGAAACCAACCCAGCUGGUACUAAGCCCAAUGGCCCAGAAGUGACCCCGCAAGAAACCAACCCGGCGGGUACUAAGCCCAAUGGCCCAGAAGUGACCCCGCAAGAAACCAACCCAGCUGGUACUAAUCCCAAAGGAUCAGAAGCUACCCCGCAAGAAACCAACCCUGCUGGUACUAAUCCCAAAGGAUCAGAAGCUACCCCGCAAGAAACCAACCCGGCGGGUACUAAGCCCAAUGGCCCAGAAGUUACGCCGCAAGAAACCAACCCGGCGGGUACUAAGCCCAAUGGAUCAGAAGUGACCCCGCAAGAAACCAACCCAGCUGGUACUAAGCCCAAUGGACCAGAAGUGACCCCACAAGAAACCAACCCGGUGGGUACUAAGCCCAAUGGCCCAGAAGUGACCCCGCAAGAAACCAACCCAGCUGGUACUAAUCCCAAAGGAUCAGAAGCUACCCCGCAAGAAACCAACCCGGCGGGUACUAAGCCCAAUGGCCCAGAAGUUACGCCGCAAGAAACCAACCCGGCGGGUACUAAGCCCAAUGGAUCAGAAGUGACCCCGCAAGAAACCAACCCAGCUGGUACUAAGCCCAAUGGCCCAGAAGUGACCCCGCAAGAAACCAACCCGGCGGGUACUAAGCCCAAUGGCCCAGAAGUGACCCCGCAAGAAACCAACCCAGCUGGUACUAAUCCCAAAGGAUCAGAAGCUACCCCGCAAGAAACCAACCCGGCGGGUACUAAGCCCAAUGGAUCAGAAGUGACCCCGCAAGAAACCAACCCAGAGGGUACUAAGCCCAAUGGAUCAGAAGUUACCCCGCAAGAAACCAACCCAGCUGGUACUAAGCCCAAUGGCCCAGAAGUGACCCCGCAAGAAACCAACCCGGAGGGUACUAAGCCCAAUGGAUCAGAAGUUACCCCGCAAGAAACCAACCCGGCGGGUACUAAUCCCAAUGGCCCAGAAGUGACCCCGCAAGAAACCAACCCGACGGGUACCAAUCCCAAUGGAUCAGAAGUUACGCCGCAAGAAACCAACCCGGCGGGUACUAAGCCCAAUGGAUCAGAAGUGACCCCGCAAGAAACCAACCCAGCGGGUACUAAGCCCAAUGGCCCAGAAAUGACCCCGCAAGAAACCAACCCGGCGGGUACUAAGCCCAAUGGCCCAGAAGUGACCCCGCAAGAAACCAACCCGGCGGGUACUAAGCCCAAUGGCCCAGAAGUGACCCCGCAAGAAACCAACCCGGCGGGUACUAAGCCCAAUGGCCCAGAAGUGACCCCGCAAGAAACCAACCCGGCGGGUACUAAGCCCAAUGGCCCAGAAGUGACCCCGCAAGAAACCAACCCGGCGGAUACUAAGCCCAAAGGAUCAGAAGCUACCCCGCAAGAAACCAACCCUGCGGGUAACACUCCCAAUGGCCCAGAAGUGACCCCGCAAGAAACCAACCAGGCGGGUACCAAUCCCAAUGGCCCAGAAGUGACCCCGCAAGAAACCAACCCAGAGGGUACUAAGCCCCAUGGAUCAGUAGUUACCCCGCAAGAAACCAACCUGGCUGGUACUAAUCCCAAAGGAUCAGAAGCUACCCCGCAAGAAACCAACCCUGCGGGUACCACUCCCAAUGGCCCAGAAGUGACCCCGCAAGAAACCAACCCGGCGGGUACUAAGCCCAAUGGCCCAGAUGUGACCCCGCAAGAAACCAACCCGGCUGGUACUAAUCCCAAUGGAUCAGAAGCUACCCCGCAAGAAACCAACCCGGCAGGUACCACUCCCAAUGGCCCAGAAGUGACCCCGCAAGAAACCAACCCGGCGGGUAACACUCCGAAUGGCCCAGAAGUGACCCCGCAAGAAACCAACCCGGCGGGUACAAAUCCCAAUGGCCCAGAAGUGACCCCGCAAGAAACCAACCCGGCGGGUACCAAUCCCAAUGGAUCAGAUGUGACCCCGCAAGAAACCAAACCAGAGGGUACCAAUCCCAAUGGCCCAGAAGUGACCCUGCAAGAAACCAACCCGGCGGGUACCAAUCCCAAUGGACCAGAAGUUACCCCGCAAGAAUCCAAACCAGAGUGUACCAAUCCCAAUGCACCAGAAGAUACACCGCAAGAAUCCAACCCGGUGGGUACCACUCGCAAUGGACCAGAAGUGACCCCGCAAGAAUCCAAACCAGAGGGUACCAAUCCUAAUGGACCAGAAGCUAAUCCUCGAGGACCUUCAUCUCAAGAAAGUCCCGGAAGCAUUGCUGGUACAGACGGAAACAGUCCUGGUGGCAGCAAAGUGGCUCCAAGUCAAAAUCCAUGCCCUGAUAUUAGUCCAGUCGAGAAACCAGCUUCUGGGUCUCAACCUACAGCACCCGGACAAGACAUACAGAACAUAGAUAAUCUUCAAGCAUUACAAACAAUUGUCGAUCUACAGUUUGUCAUCCUGCCCCGAGGACCGAAAAACACGAAAAAUUGCUACUGCACUUGUGAAAGCCCGUCCGCGCCAAAAUUAAUUAAAAUGAAAGACCUACCACCCGGUAUCAAAUAA